AUGGCAUACUUACCUUGGCUGCGCAACCUCAGCCGCCGCGAACGCCUUCGGCCGAGGGCGGACAGGGACGACGAGCACCUGCGUGAAAUGUUCAACGCCGCUCGUGAUGGAGAUAUCUACCAACUCAACGCUGCACUGGAAACCCUAGCGCAAUCUCGCGAGCAAAUCAACAUCAACAUGCUUCACAUCCCCACCGGCUCUGAUAUCAGCUGGACGCCGCUACAUGCCGCCGUUGAUGGCGGUCAUUUCGACAUGGUCACGCUCCUAAUCGCUCUCGGUGCUGAUUUGGAAGCUUGCGAAGGUUUCAUGGGUGGCGCGCUCACGCCAUUCCAUCUGGCGGUCAAGUCCGGCAGCCCCGCCAUGGUCCGGUUUCUGCUGGAUUCUGGCGCCGAUGCCCAUGCUCAUUGGUACGACCGGCAGGACUAUGGCAUUGCGACUUUCUUGGCGAUAGGUCCCGACCGCGAACCCGAGGCGACAAUCGAAGUAGUUGACAUGCUACUAGACCGUGGUCUGGAUAUUAAUGAGCCGUCCCCUUGGUAUAGUCUGAAUCGCCUGUACAUUACAGCCUCGAAUCACCAGCAAUCAUAA